AUGGGGUUGAUGACAAUUCUAAGGAAGAAUCGACAAAAUGAAAAAGAAAUUCGUAUCUUAAUGCUAGGAUUAGAUAACGCAGGCAAAACAACUAUUUUGAAACGUAUCAAUGGUGAACCUAUUGAUACUAUAUCACCUACACUUGGAUUUAACAUCAAAACUUUAGAGCACGAAAAUUACAAGCUCAAUAUUUGGGACGUAGGCGGGCAAAGAUCUAUUCGCUCCUACUGGCGGAACUAUUUUGAGCAGACGGACGCUCUCAUAUGGGUGGUUGACUCUGCUGAUCGACUACGUUUACAAGACUGCAAAACGGAACUUUUUAACCUGCUGUUGAAGGAGGAAAAACUGGCAGGUGCAACAAUUUUAGUAUUAGCAAACAAGCAAGAUCUGGCAGGUAGCUUGUCAGAUCAAGAAAUACGACAAAUGUUAGAGUUGGACUCGAUCAAGGCUUCACAGCAUCAUUGGGCUAUAUUUCCGUGCAGCGCAGUGACAGGGGAUAAUCUGUUGAAAGGCAUGGAUUGGGUAGUGAAUGAUGUAGCUUCAAGAAUUUAUAUGCUUGACUGA